AUGCAUUGCGUAGCUAUAUCUUACAAUAAGCGAAUUAUAAUUUUCGCCAAUAUAUUGUUUGGACAUCGGCGUAAGUUCUUGACCGAUGAUUUUUAUUUCCAAAAACAGGCCGAAUCUGAAGUCGCUGCCUUGAACCGACGCAUUCAACUCUUGGAAGAAGAUUUGGAACGUUCAGAAGAACGUCUUGCCACCGCCACCGCUAAAUUGGCUGAAGCCUCACAGGCUGCUGAUGAAUCAGAACGGAUACGUAAAGCACUUGAGAAUCGAACUAAUAUGGAAGACGAUCGAGUAGCAAUUUUGGAAGGUCAGCUCAGCCAAGCAAAACUUAUAGCAGAAGAGGCUGAUAAAAAAUAUGAAGAGGUUGCUCGCAAAUUAGUGAUGAUGGAGCAAGAUUUAGAACGUGCUGAAGAAAGGGCAGAACAAGGAGACAGCAAAAUUGUAGAACUUGAAGAGGAACUUCGCGUUGUCGGUAACAACUUGAAAUCUCUUGAAGUAUCAGAAGAAAAGGCUACACAAAGAGAAGAAAGCUUCGAAGGUCAAGUAAAAAUAUUAGAUGGACAAUUAAAAGAGGCUGAAGCUAGAGCUGAAUUUGCUGAACGUUCCGUUCAGAAAUUACAGAAGGAAGUCGACAGGCUGGAAGACGAUCUACUUGCUGAGCGUGAGAAGAAUAAAUUAUUGCAAGAAGAAAUGGAAGUUACUCUGCAUGAUAUUCAAAAUAUGUAACAUCUUAUGUUCACUUGAAUGAUAUAAUAAAGUGAUCAAUGUGUUUAUUUACACUACAAGAAUUAUAACAACGGACUACAACAUUAACGAUUGAAACGAAAAAAUUUGUAAAUGAUCAGAAUUAUGUGAUGUUCAGUUCUUUCUGUUCAAAUAAGGUAUAUUUAUA